UGGGGCAGUUGGUUCGGCUCCGGAGGACAGGAGCGCAUGCGCGAGCGCGGAGGUUGGGGCCCCAACGGCCGUCCGGCGGGGGUGGGGCCUGUCAUGGCGGCCUCGAGAGUCAAUUCCAGGAACCCUGAGGAUGAACUGACCCUUUUAUUCACUAUUCCACAUCGAGCUGCAAACCCAUCAGAUGGAACCAUGUGAUCAUUGUGGCCAGCAGCUGACCCCACAGCCACCUUGUGCCUCCCUUGGACCCACCCAGGAAUUUCUGAGCCUUCUUUAUGAAUCCUGGCUAUGGAAGAAAGAGGACCAUAUAUUGGACUCCAAUUCAGAGCAUCUACAACCCUCUGGAGAACCUUGCCCUGGGACAAGCAGAGGUAUUGUCACAUAGCCAGCCCUGUAACUGAGUCUUCAGAAGGCCAUUCCACCAUUCUAUCAAGCCUGCUGCUUCAGUGUGUCACAUUGAUUGAUUUGUGGAUAUUGAACAAUCCUUGCAUCCCUAGAAUAAAUCCCAGUUGCUCAGAUAGCUGUGAAGCUCCUCUGGCGUCUGCCCUGCCCCGGGCUUCCUUCAGCAGCUCCUCAGAGCGGUCCAGCAGCCACGGCCCUGGCUUUGCAAGCCUUAAUCGCAGAGACGGAGCUGGUGGCUGGUCUCCCCUUGUGUCAAAUAAAUACCAGUGGCUGCAGAUUGACCUUGGAGAAAGAAUGGAGGUCACAGCUGUGGCCACCCAGGGAGGAUACGGGAGCUCCGACUGGGUGACCAGCUACCUCCUGAUGUUCAACGAUGGCGGAAGGAACUGGAAGCAAUAUCGACGAGAGGAAAGCAUCUGGUAUGCAUGCUAUGCUAUUGGUAAGGAUGCGCAGGCCAUGAAAGCCGUAGUUGGAGAAGAAGCCCUUACCUCAGAUGAUGUGCUUUAUUUGGAAUUUCUGCAGAAGUUUGAGAGGAACUUCAUUGCUCAGGGUCCUUACGAAAACCGCACUGUCUAUGAGACUUUGGACAUUGGCUGGCAACUGCUCCGAAUCUUCCCCAAAGAAAUGCUGAAGAGAAUCCCUUAGAGCACCUUGAGCGAAUUCUACCCUCGAGACUCUGCAAAGCAUUAGCUGCUACUUAUCGCUGGCUCGAUGCUCUUGUGAAAUACUGGUUCUGUUUUCUUUAUUCCUUUUGCACUCCCCCAUCCCCACCUUUGUGUUGGAGUUUACUGUGUCACCCUGUAAUUAAAAACAAAGAAUAGGUAACAUAUUGUGCCAGUGUUGCAAUGUUUUAAACUGCUAACAGACUUUAAAAUAUCCCCUGUUCCGAAAACCUGGAACUGCAGUGCUUUGUUUAAAGUAGCUGAGGGUUGGAGGUGAAGUUUUCUUACUGAUGUGUGUAUUCGUACGUAGUGGUGUAGUUAGCUGCCUAGUGUCCUCAUUAUUUGGGUCUCUCAGACCUUCCCUGUCCACCCCCUCCAGAGUAUCACUAUCUGAAGUUACAAUGCUUUGAUCUCCAAACUAGGGACAAGAUAGGGUCUGAAAGACGCUUCCUCUCCGAGCCCAGACGCUUUCCUGAGCGCUUGUUUUUAGAUUUUGGUGUGCCUCUGGGUCUGCUCUAAGCAGAUGACUUUUCCUGUCCACCUGCUGUUUCCUAUUGAAUGAAUAGGUUAGAAAAGGAGUUUCCUUUUCCUCUUUGGUGCGGAUCAGUUUCAACUCCUGUGUCUUACUGUUCUCCCUCCCUCUGAGUAACACAGAAUCAUGCAGCUUUUGCCCAACUGGCAUUGAUCUGAUAGUAGUGAGAUGCCCUGUCUUGAUGAUCCCUUACUGGGUUUCCAUGCAGAGGAAUCAUAAUGAAAAUAAUUAAUAGAAUUGUUGGUUGGCAAGAGUUGGGAUACAAUUUUUGAAGAAAGAAAAAACCUAUAUCGGUUCUACAUUCGGACAUGCUAACAGUGGUUUUAAGUUUCUAAAGUGUUGACCGGAUGCUAAAGGCAAGGUGGGGAAGAGAAAGCUCUUCUGUGUAUGGAAUCUUUUAUAUAUAUAUAUAAUCUAUGGAUAUUUUAAACUCUGUUAGAUAGCAGCCUUUGGAAAAUCCCCUAUUUGGUCCUGCUUUCUGACCUAUCUGCCUUUUCAGGGUAAUCUUGUGGCACAAGUGAUAGCAUUUAAAAGCUUUAGUCUUUUAAUUCCUCCUCCUUCCUGCUGCGAGCCCUGAGCUGUCUUCUGUGCAGUUCUGACAUGUCUACUGUUUGGUCUCUCUGUGUUCUUUGUUACUUGGGUGCAGUAGCAACUUCUCUGUGCAUUCCAUCUUUCUUUCAAGUUGUGUAAAGUUCUUCACUUUUUUUCUCUGAGGGUAUAGGGAGUGGGGGGAGUCAGCAUGAUUAUAUUUUAAUGUAGAAAAUGUGACCUGGAUAUAAAAUGAAAAUAAAUAUUAAAUUAAAUGGAAGUUACCUAAAGUGACUCAAGCAAUAGCAACAAGCAAAUAUAUAAUAAUGCACCUCUCUUUGAGUGACAGUUUUGAACAUCAUAACCAGUAUUGUGAACCAGCCCCUUGAUUCACAAUAUUAUGAACCAUGUCCCCUUUACAGGGACAUGGCCCAUGUUCUGUACCCUCUGCCUUUUAGGCUGCCCUUUCAAGCUCUUUUCAGUAAUACCUCUUCCAACAUAUUGUUGUUUGAUCCAAGGUUGAGAGUUGCUAGGGUGUGGGGUUGUUUGUUUGUUUAUUUGUUUGUUUUGCAGAUCGUUAGUGGCUGUAAGUUCUCUGAAACUUGAAGUUUUGAUUCAGGGUCCACUUAGCAUUUUCGAGAGUUACUAAGGUGUUUUAUAGCAUUCUUUGUUUCAGACAUUCUCAGGACCUCUAGAGCCUGUCUGCCAUGAAUGAAAGAGGGUAAUAAAUAGAAAAUGAAAUACAUACUGAAGCAAGCCAAAACUUGCUUCAAAUAAAAUCUGAACUAGAUGGUCCAGUAUAUAAAGGAAACAUACUGGUUAAAGCACAGGGAUGUGGCAUCACGGUGGCCUCCCAUUUCUUUCCCCUCUUCAACUCAGAGUGACAUUUAGGAGAUGGAGAGGAAGAGGCUCAGUCAUAGCAAGAGUAGGUAGACCUGUGUUCUGAUUCUGCUGCUGCCACUAACUGUAUGGUCUUGCUUAGUCAUUUAAGAGAUUUGUGUUCCUUUUCGGGUUAUUAUAAGGACUAGAGAUUUUGCUUUUUAUAUCGCUUUUUAACUUAUGUAAAAAAAAACAGUUUGUUGUAUUGGCAUGUGUCUAUUUCUGUAUUCUCUAUCCUAUUCAUUGAACUAUGUAUCUAUCCUUCCACCAAUACCACACUGUCUUACUUAUAGCUUUACAGUAGGUCUUAAUAUCCUCUAACUAUAUUCUGCUUUCUCAAAAUUGUUUUACUUAUUCUGGUUCCUUUGCCUUUACCUUUUGUUCAUACAUUUUAUUUUUUUUUUAUUUUUUAUUUUUUUAAACAUCUUUAUUGAAGUAUAAUUGCCUUACAAUGGUGUGUUAGCUUCUGCUUUAUAACAAAGUGAAUCAGUUAUACAUAUACAGUAUGUUCCCAUUUCUCUUCCCUCUUGCAUCUUCCUCCCUCCCACCCUCCCCAUCCCACCCCUCUAGGUGGUCACAAAGCACCGAGCUGAUCUACCUGUGCUAUGCGGCUGCUUCCCACUAGUUAUCUAUUUUACAUUUGGUAGUGUAUAUAUGUCCAUGACACUCUCUUACCCUGUCACAUCUCACCCCACCCCCUCCUCAUAUCCUCAAGUCCAUUCUCUAGUAGGUCUGUGUCUUUAUUCCCGUCUUGCCACUAGGUUCUUCAUUGCCUUUUU